AGAGGAGGAAGUGCUGGUGACUUGCGCCCGAGCGUCCCCGCUUUGCGCGUGAGCGAGGUGUUGGACUCGAAGCGCCCUUGUGCAGCAGCCACUCUUCCGUCUUCCCGUACCCUCGCCUCCUCAUCACCAUCACCGAAGCUUCUCCUUCCUCGCAUCGAUGCCGUCCGAAUAUGACGACGUCCUCACUAAUCAGCCGGUCGUCCUCGACAACGGCUCUGGCACGCUGAAAGCAGGCUUUGCCGGGUCGUCCCUCCCCACAUGCUACUUCCCAUCAUGUGUCGGACGGCCGAAGCAUGUGCGCUGUAUGGCAGGCUCGGUCGAGGGAGACAUGUUCAUUGGCAGAAGGGCACAGGAGCUCAGGGGCCUGCUCAAGAUCAAGUAUCCAGUAGAGCAUGGGAUCGUGACGGAUUGGGAGGAUAUGGAGAGGAUAUGGGCUUGGACGUACAGCGAAGAACUCAGGACAUUAAGUGAAGAGCACCCGGUCCUUCUCACAGAGGCACCUCUGAACCCGCGGUCGAAUCGCGCGACUGCAGCCCAGAUAUUCUUUGAGACGUUCAACGUGCCAGCUCUGUUCACUAGUAUACAGGCAGUACUGAGUCUCUACUCUUCCGGACGCACAACGGGACUGGUGCUCGACUCUGGAGAUGGCGUCACACACUCGGUGCCGGUAUUCGAAGGCUUCUCGAUGCCGAAUGCCAUUCGGAGAAUUGAUCUAGCAGGCAGGGACGUCACUGAUCACCUACAGCUGCUGAUGAGAGGAGCGGGAUACGAUAUGAAGACGAGCGCUGAGAAGGAGGUGGUCAGGGGUCUCAAGGAGGAAGGAUGCUAUGUUAGGAGCACGUCGGGUAGCAACAGCAGCAAAGAUGAUUCUAUGCGGCCGACAGAGGAGUUCAAGCUGCCAGACGGGCAGGUCAUCAAGCUGGGAGCAGAGCGUCAUCUCGCUCCUGAAAUACUCUUCAACCCUGAGCUCAUUGGUUCGGAAUACCCAGGCGUACAUCAACUCGUCGUAGACAGCAUCAAUAGAGCAGAUCUCGACUUGCGGAAGAACCUGUACAGCAACAUUGUGUUGAGUGGUGGGACUACUCUGACAAAGGGCUUCGGAGACAGACUGCUGUAUGAAGUGAAGAAGCUGGCUCUGAGGGACAUGAAGAUCAAGAUCUACGCACCUCCGGAGCGGAAGUACGCAACAUGGAUCGGUGGAAGUAUCCUCGCUGGGCUUAGCACCUUCAAGAAGAUGUGGGUAUCUGCCGAAGAAUACCAAGAGGAUGGCGAAUCGAUCUUCAAGAAGAUGUCAUCCUUCUGAGCGCUGCUGAAAGGUCACACGUUGUCAUUGUAAUUCUAUGCUCUCUCUUCUCCCUCGCUUCACUCCAUCAAUACCACCGAGAUUCUCAGCACC